ACUUUUCAGCUUUCUAUAUUUGUACAGCAACAGCAGGGGCAGCCCACUAGCUAGGCCAUGCGGCUGCCCUUGUGUACCGGCACUGACUCAGGCCUGCUCAGGACUCAGCCAGGUCUCACAAUGUGUGUUCGUUCUUAAGUGCGUCCAUCUGUCUGUGUACAGUUCUGUGGAGGACUGAAGUUUUCAAGUGAUAGAGGCUGAACGUAACUUCUUUUUUUCAAAGUUCCCUGUGUUUGUGAACUGAACUUGGGUGAAGUGAAAGCAUUGAGGAAGCUAAAGCUGUGUGUAUUUGUGGAUCAGACAAGUGCAGCAAGUUAAUAUCAUUGGCUUCUGAAGGGGAAAGUGAGGUGAUGGCUGCGUUUAAGUUGGAUUUCCUUCCAGAAAUGAUGGUGGAUCAUUGCUCUUUGAAUUCCAGUCCCGUCUCAAAGAAAAUGAACGGCACCCUGGACCACCCAGACCAACCGGAUCUUGAUGCUAUCAAGAUGUUUGUGGGCCAGGUUCCCAGGACCUGGUCAGAGAAGGACUUACGGGAACUCUUCGAACAGUAUGGUGCUGUCUAUGAAAUCAACGUCCUAAGAGAUAGGAGCCAAAACCCUCCUCAGAGCAAAGGGUGCUGUUUUGUUACAUUUUACACCCGUAAAGCUGCAUUAGAAGCUCAGAAUGCUCUUCACAACAUGAAGGUUCUUCCAGGGAUGCAUCAUCCUAUACAGAUGAAACCUGCUGACAGUGAGAAGAACAAUGCAGUGGAAGACAGGAAGCUGUUUAUUGGUAUGAUUUCCAAGAAGUGCACUGAAAAUGACAUCCGAGUCAUGUUCUCUUCAUUUGGACAGAUUGAAGAGUGCCGGAUAUUGCGGGGACCUGAUGGCCUGAGCCGAGGUUGUGCAUUUGUGACUUUUACAACAAGAGCCAUGGCACAGACAGCUAUCAAGGCAAUGCAUCAAGCACAGACCAUGGAGGGUUGCUCAUCUCCCAUGGUGGUGAAAUUUGCUGAUACACAGAAGGAUAAAGAACAGAAGAGAAUGGCCCAGCAGCUCCAGCAGCAGAUGCAGCAAAUCAGCGCAGCAUCUGUGUGGGGAAACCUUGCUGGUCUAAAUACUCUUGGACCCCAGUAUUUAGCACUUUAUUUGCAGCUCCUUCAGCAGACUGCCUCCUCUGGGAACCUCAACACCCUGAGCAGCCUCCACCCAAUGGGAGGGUUAAAUGCAAUGCAGUUACAGAAUUUGGCUGCCCUAGCUGCUGCAGCUAGUGCUGCUCAGAACACACCAAGUGGUACCAAUGCUCUCACUACAUCCAGCAGUCCCCUCAGCGUGCUCACCAGUUCAGCAGGGUCCUCACCUAGCUCCAGCAGCAGUAACUCUGUCAACCCCAUAGCCUCACUUGGAGCACUGCAGACAUUAGCAGGAGCAACAGCUGGCCUCAACGUUGGCUCUUUGGCAGGGAUGGCUGCCUUAAAUGGUGGCCUGGGCAGCAGUGGCCUUUCCAACGGCACUGGGAGCACCAUGGAGGCCCUUACUCAGGCCUAUUCGGGUAUCCAGCAAUAUGCUGCCGCAGCGCUCCCCACUCUGUACAACCAGAAUCUGUUGACACAGCAGAGUAUUGGUGCUGCUGGAAGCCAGAAGGAAGGUCCGGAGGGCGCCAACCUGUUCAUCUACCACCUGCCCCAGGAGUUUGGAGAUCAGGACCUGCUGCAGAUGUUUAUGCCCUUUGGGAAUGUCGUGUCUGCCAAGGUUUUUAUAGACAAGCAGACAAACCUGAGCAAGUGUUUUGGUUUUGUAAGUUACGACAAUCCUGUUUCGGCUCAAGCUGCCAUCCAGUCCAUGAACGGCUUUCAGAUCGGCAUGAAGCGGCUCAAAGUGCAGCUCAAACGUUCGAAGAAUGAUAGCAAGCCCUACUGAGCGUGCUCCCCUCUGAGACUGGAGUGAGAGGGUCUUCUGGCACAGCUUGCCCUGAAGACUCGGCUACUGCCUUCUGUGGGAGUUUCGCUUCGUGCAGAGGACAAGUUUGUGCUUUGGUUUCCAGUGUUUUACUUUGGAGUUUAGGUGCCAUAUCCUGAGUUUUUUUUUUUUUCUUUAUUUAAAGUUUGCUGUGUUUGUAACCAGUGUGUGUUGAGAAGGACCAACACCAAACCACCCUGGGGAAAAGGAAUGGGGAAACGUUUAAAAAAGAAGAUGGUCAGAAUUUCCCCCAGUUACUCCAAGAGAGAGGACUGAGUGAAACAAAAAACUGACUCCUGUAAUCUCCCUGAGUGCUAGGGUGGGUGAAAUGAGAACUGACAUCAGAGAACCAUAGGGGCAGAGCAACUAGGGAUGUCUGUGGAGGAGAGUGGGGGUGACUAGUCAUCUGGUGUCCUGGCAGCUGAAGGCUCAAACCUCUGCAUAGCUGCCUUCUGGGGAAGUAGCAAGUUUUUGCCACUUGUUUUUCAGAUUCUUGUCCAGCAUUUCUGCCUCUCUUUCCCAAAAAGGGGUUAAUAAUUCUCUAGAAAUAAAGCACCAAUUAAAUUAGCCUGACAUAUGCAAAAAUCAGGGAGCCAUUAACCACUCCCAGCUUUCCCAGCCAGCCAUUUGUAUUGGAUUGGCCCUGCCUGGCUGGCGGCUGUUUGGGAGAAGCAGCCAAAGGUAAUUUUCGUUUAUUUCAACACCAAAUUAGACCAUGGCCCAUUUCCAACAGGUCUUUUUUAAAAAGGCCUCUGUGGAAGACAUUGCCUUGUUUCCUUCCUUGCAGUUCACCACAGCAAGGCACGCCACCUCCAUCCCAAGCCACAGUUUUCUCAUGAGGGCAGCUUCAACAAGGGCUUGCAGUUCUAGCUGAAGGGGCACCUCUUCCAGGCAGAGUCAUUAAAAGCCACCUAGUUGGGGGAGGACCAGCUUGCUUCUUGCUGUACUGGAAUCAGAAAGUUCCUUCAAACCAGCAUGCUGCAUUUGCCAGAGGCCAGAAAUCCACCCUGACCUCCUUGAUUGAGGUGUUCCAGAUGUAGUGGUCCCUCAGGUCUGGCAGGCCCCUCUAGCCACUCCAGCCCCACCUUCUGCUCUUGAGGACAGGGAGACAACAGGACGUUUACAGCCUCCAUAUGGAUUUAAUGUUCAUUUACCUCAGUAUUACUUUGUUCAUUUUUGUCCUCGUACUACAGUUAACUCCCUGCUGCCUCCCACAGGUCUCACUCCAGCUCUUGCCUGUAACCUACCCGGCCUCUGAGCCUUGACUCUGCUCCCAAAAGUGUUGCGGGGGUGGAGAGCCAGAAAGGCCAUGCUGUCGGGAAUGUACACCUGGGCAGAGGUAGCCCUGUUAGGAUAUGACUACGGCCAGGGACUGGGUCCCUGGAAUCUUAAACCUCAUAAAUAUCAGUCCUGACCCCUAGCAGCAGAGAUAAAAAUAAAGGGGUUAGUUUGCUAUUAAGUCAGAUGGGGACUCUCUCCUUGUCAUGCUGUCCCAGUGGGUAACAGACAGGGAUUGACCGUCUUGCUGUUGUACAGGUAGUUGGUGGUGUUGGAGUAUCCCAUUGAAGCUGGGACAGCUGUUCCCUUCUCAUAGUGAUAACUUGGGUCUGUUGUCCUCUAAGAAACGUGAAGCAUACACUUCUUAAGCUGAACCACGUAAACUUGAAUUCUGCGCACUGGGAGAAAUAUGUCCUGUGUUUCAAAGGAUAAAACUGUUCUAAAGGCUUCCAGGGUCAUGAUGGGAUUUUUUAAAUAAAUGCAAAAAAUAAAUAUAAAAAAGAAAAAAGAAAACAAAAAAAAAAAAGAAAAAAAUGCUAGGUUGGGGAGGCGCUGUUCUGAAUCCCAACCGGCUGGAACCAAGAAUGUCGUUUCUAUUUUUAUAGAAGUUUUAUACAGCUCCGGGGUGGAGAAUAUUUAUUACCUAAAUUAUAUCUCUGGAAAAGGCCAGGAUUUUGUAGAAUCCAGAAUGUGAUUGUUGUACACACAGGGUGCUGUGUAUGAUUGAAACUACUGACUUUCUGUGGCCCGUUUGCAGCCCAGCAAACCUGCCCAAGGGGAAGGUGUUAAUGCUGUGAAUUGGCAGAGGAGAGAGAGCUGUGCUCCACAGGGUGCUGCCGGUGCUGUGCUCCCUAACCUUCUGUUCUGUCUUCUUCCUCGGCCAGAACUCCGUUCCCUCCCUACUUUCCAUCUUCUCUCCUUCUCCCCCAUCUCACCAUUAUUUGUCCAUGGAUUUGUCCUGGGCUCUGGGACCUUGUGAAACCAUUUUCCUGAUUACAUAGAGGCCAAGGUGCAAUCCACCGGCCUUUGAUACCAGGCCCCGAGGCUUCGGACCUGCUUGUGGGUUCUCUUCUAAAAGAAGUGCUUGCUCCAGCAGGGUCUCGGGCUGCUUAAGCAGCCAGCUGGUGAGACCACGCGUUUCUCUUCUCACCCUGCCCAGUGAGUUAGCACAGCAGCAGUACUACCCUUGAGAACAGUUCUCUCCCCAGGCCAAAGAUGGUUUUGUGAAGAAGCUGCUCCCCUAUAAGUCUCACGUGUGAAAGGGCUCAGCUCAGAGAGUGGAGACUCGCAGUCAAGUCUUAAGCAAUCCUUUCAUGUGUGGAGGUUUCAUUUAUAAUGUGUUUUCUGCUGUAGUUUUGUUUCUUACUUGGGUUAUAUCAUGAUAUUGAUUUGCCUUGAAUACAGCCAGACAACUGUCUCCUGGGUUCCACAUGAGUGGCCAAGGCCUGUGUGGAAGCUAAGAGCUUGGAUUUCUGGGUACAAAGGGCCAUCCCCAUGGGAUUGAGCGGAAAACCCAGCCCUCAUCCCUGAACAAUUUUCUACACCCCAGCCAGCAUCUUCUGCCUUCUCCCUGGCCUUGACCAGGGAGUGGAGGGAAAGGCUGAGGCUCUGCUCCCCCAGAGACCUUCACUUAGGAGUUGGGCGCUUCAUGGGAAAUCCAAGCCUUAGGUUCCCUUCUGUCUCUGGCAAGUGGAUGUGUUCUUGGUGUCCUCCAUGUCCUUUUGACUUUUCCCUGUGUCCAUUGUUAGCAUGUGCAAAAAGUUCCCUGUCAUUACCCAACCCCCGCCCCGCCCCGCCUCCUCAUUUCAGGGCUGUACACACAGUGAGUGUUCCUGUUCUCUCUCUCUUUGUUUGGAUGUAUUGCUCUGUGUAACUCAGUGGGUCUCCCUCUUUCUGGUUUGUUUUUUUUCUAGAUUCCUGCCGUUUGUUCAUCGUUGUGCCUAAAGCAUGUCGAUGUGGCGUCAAGUACAUCGUCCAAAUCCCUGUCUCUUCAGCUUCUCUGAUGCUUGAACUCUCACCUUUGACCUUGUGUUGACCUUUGAUGCUGACGUGUAUUUUUAUUAUGUUUGUUUCUUUCUUUGUUUUUUCUUUUUUCUUUCCUUUUUUUUCCCUUUUGUGCUGCCAAAUUGGUUUUGCUAGAACGACUGCUGAAGGGGAAAUAUUUAAACUUGCAUUUGAAUAUAAAAAAAUCUAUUUUUCUAGAACUUCAUAAGAUAACCACUUGAUUUUGUGAUUCCAAUUAUUUGUAACUGUCUUCAGAGCAGCCCUACUAGCACAUACCGCGUGGUGUUUGUAUUUCUGUGAACACACAGCCAGUCCGUUUCUAGGCUUUGUUUCUCUGUGUGCUUAGUUUUAAAGACAACUUUGAAGUAAACAAUGAAAUAAAAGAUGUCACUAAAACAUUUGAGGCUCCUGAGCACAUUUUGCUGACACAGUUUGUGGGGCUUGAGGAGACUGCAUGUGCUGUUCUUUUUAUGUUUCUGAGUUCUCCACUGCAGAAGCACCUGGACCCCUUCCUUUUUGACCGCGGCUGCAGUGUGGGCCCCAGCCUGCCCUUGUCUUUUUCUUUUGGUUCUCUUAACUCUGCGGGCGCCUUGGAUCGCGCUUGCCCCUCCCCUCAGCCCUGUGCUUGUCCUACAGUCUCCACGGCAAAAUGUGAUGCUUUGAUUUUUUUUCCUUUUUUUAGUUUUUGUUUUUGUAUUGUUUUUGUGUUUUCAUUUUGAAUUUUUUUCUUUCCUACUAAGAUUAUGCCCAGAAAAAACAAGUUUUGCAUGUUUCCUGCUGUUUCUUCACACCUUCGUAUAUAUCACCUUCACCUCUCUGUUUUCUAUAGUUUGUGCAAAAACUGAUCGAUUUAAAAGGGUUUCAAAGAAGCUGUUUUAAAUUGUUGUGGGGUUAUUUUUUUCAAGAUUGUAUUGUUUUGUUCUGAAGUGGCAACUUUCUCCUCUAUUGCCCUUAGAGCGUUUGCCUGUGCACUUAGACUGUCACCUCGUGUGGCCUCCAGGUCUCAGCAGGCGUCCAGGAGGCUGGCUGCUCUGCUGGGGGUGGGGCUGGGGGGCUGGAGAGGCAUGAGAAGCAGAGCCAGAGCCCAGAUGAUGACUGCAGGCGGGCAGGAGGCCUCUUUAGCGCACCAGGGGCAGUGAGCACCCAGAGGAGGAGGGUGCUCAUGGCCGCCCGUCUGCACACUAAGUAACCUCCACCUGCAGGCACUCUUCCUAGGUGACAAGCACAAUACUACAGUCUUCACACUGUUUACAGCCCCAGGCACCGGCCACCCCACUGGCUCUUCACCACAGCUCUGCUCUUGCUUAGCUAGUGGGGCAGGAGGAAGGGCAGGGCUUUUUUUAACUGGGUGAGGAGCCAAACAGCUACUGUCCCUAGGUGCCAGGCAAGCCAGUUCUUUGGUUCCCUGCGGGGACCUGACCCUCUUCUUUUGUGGCACCAUCCAGCCUCAGGGUCUCGGAGACUUGAGUAAGAAUGUGAAUGGUGUGGGGAGAGGCAAGGAGACGAGAGGUUACAGGGGGGAGCUUGGAGGGAGGAGGCUGCAGAGGGCAUGAUCCGAUAGCUCCCACCCAGACCUGAGCUGCUGGGGGGUGGGAGAGCUGAAAGGUAGGACUGUCGGGGAAGGGUGGAGAGGGGUAGCUGAGGGGCUGGGGAGGGGGCGGGGAAGGUAGAAGCACUGUCGAGCAUCAUCCAUGCCGGGGUCGAUGAAGGAGGGGGGUCCCGCCGGUUUCUGCCUGGGACCUGGCAGGUUGCCUGGUAUUAUGCCCGAGGCUGCUGUCGCUAGGAGGAAAGGGCAGCCCAGCCGAGGCCCCAUGCAUGGUAGGCUGCUGAGUUUCCUGGAAGGGGUGACUGGACGGAAAGAGACCAGCAGCCCCGGCCUGAGAGACCCUGCACGCCCCACAGUCUGACUGCACAGAGCCGCCCCUGUUGGCAGGAGGCACGGAGGCUCCCCUUCCUGUGUAUUGAGAAGCCGUGUUUGCCAAUGUAUUUUGCUUUCAAUUCCAAGAGGAGCUCUGGGAAAACCUGUGGAUAAAACCAAAUGCCAAACGUUGGACAUUGUUUCCUUUUCCUUUUCUCUCUCUGAUUGUUUUAAUUGUUCUGUGGUGGUUUUAAUGGAUUUGAGACCCUGGAGCGGCAGCUGCCUUUCUGAUUUCCAGCUGCUUUUUGUGAAUAAUUUAAAAAGAAAAAAAAAAGAAACUUUACAUUUUGGAGACAAACCUGUGUGAGUUUUUUAUUGGUACAAACGUUGUAUUUAACACUAGGGGUUUUGUACAGUUUUUUGCCUUUUCUACUAGAAAACAAUGUAAAGUGAUUUCACAAUGUGAAGAGAAAAAAAUUGCCACUAUGACCAAACGCACAGUCUGUUCUGCAGCAGCAACGGGAUUCAAUCAACUCAAAGUCGUGAUUCAGCCGUAGAAACGCUUUUCCUUUGCCUUGGUUGAGCCUUUCCUUUCUCUCCUGUUUUGAUUUGCAAAAGAAAAUGUCUUUUUUGUGUGAACUUGUGUUGUACUCUGUAGAAAAUUAUGGAUUUUACUUUAAUGGUUUUAAAAAAAAAAAAAGGCAAGAAGAGCCUUUGUCGCUUUUCUUACCUAAUCACAGAGUUUGUGUAGUGAAUUUAAAAAGAAAAAAAUUGUUACAAGUUUGGAGCAAGGGAGUAUGUGUUUAAAAGGAAUCUCCUUCCUUUUGUGUGUGUUUUUCCUUUUGUCCCAAUGGGGAACCUAAAUCUGUUUUAAUUGCACAGACACACGGACAAAAGUCAUUUUGUAUCUGCCAAGUGUGGUACCUUCCUUUGUUUAUUUGCUAUUAAACUGUUUGAGAAGAA